CUUCCGCUGCGGCCGUGGGAAUGGAAACAUCUGCCCCACGUGCCGGAAGCCAGCCUGCGGCGAUGACGGCGCGCCGCUCCGCGUCCUACCGCGCCGAAGCCCCGCGGGUGUCAUCGCGAGACGGGCUCGCCGACAUGGCCGCGUCCAGUCAAGGAAACUUUGAGGGAAAAUUUGAGUCACUGGACCUUGCAGAAUUUGCUAAAAAGCAGCCAUGGUGGCGCAAGCUGUUUGGGCAGGAAUCUGGGCCCUCAGCUGAAAAAUAUAGCGUGGCAACGCAGCUGUUAAUUGGAGGUGUCACUGGAUGGUGCACGGGUUUCAUAUUCCAGAAGGUUGGAAAGUUGGCUGCAACAGCUGUAGGAGGUGGAUUUUUUCUCCUUCAGCUUGCAAACCAUACUGGUUACAUCAAGGUUGACUGGCAGCGAGUGGAGAAGGACAUGAAGAAAGCCAAGGAGCAGCUGAAGAUCCGUAAGAGCAGCCAGAUACCUACGGAGGUCAAAAGCAAAGCAGAGGAGGUCGUGUCGUUUGUGAAGAAGAACGUUCUAGUGACUGGGGGAUUUUUCGGAGGCUUUCUGCUUGGCAUGGCAUCCUAAGGAGGACAACUUCACUUUUGUGAUUCCUGUUUUCUCCAGCCAGCGGCCUCUGCACUCCAUCAUAAGACGUCAAGUCUCUCCUGCUUCUCCUCUUUCUCCAUGACUUCUGCCAUGGCGUAUCCGAAUGGCUCCUGUAGACAUCUGUCGGUACAAGCUGACACGGCCCCGCUGUGAGCUUGGUGGCAACGGAAGAGCCCAUAGGUGUUAGCUCUACUCCCUGCACACUCCCCACUUACUAACCUGUAGGUCAACAAAAACGUUCCUUUCCCCUCCCGUAUAAGAUGCGUAACAGAGGUUGGUACGCAAGAUGGCUCGCCUUGGAGGAUGACUGGAUCCUCAAAGGUUGCCCCGAACUUGAUUUGGGGAAAAAAAAAUCGCAAACAUAUAGAUACCUGAUGUGCUGCAUGGAAAGGAACAGAAUACAUUUGCCUUUAAGCAUGAAA